AUGCCCCAGACUUCUGUUUUUCUACAGAAAGCGUGCCUACAGCAUCGCUAUAUUCGAACGCGCGACAAUUCACACAUCGUUGAGCGGCCGGAAAGGCUGCGUGCGGUGAACAUUGGGCUCGCGGCCACAGUCGCGCGGCUUGAAGAGGUCGCGCCUCCAACAUCCGAAACCCGCGCGACAGGAUCCACCGCUACGGAUGAGGACGCGGACGAGUUGACAAAGGCCCUCGGAAAGCUGCAGCUCGAGGCACCCUCGCGACUCGACCAUUCUGCCCGGGUACCCGUUGCGUUUGUUCAGAGCGAUGCUUCCGCGGAUCUCCUCAGCCACCCGGCGGUCAAAUUCGUGCACGGAGAUAUAGAACGCGACGUUUAUCUCGAGGCACUCACGGCGAUGGCGAAGGAUAGCCAAGACAAAGUCAAUAAAGGAGAAAGCGAAAUCCCCGAGGGCUACUCACAGGGCGACCUCUACUUGUCACCAGGGUCACUAGACGCUAUACAGGGUGCUCUUGGGACUGUAUGCGAAGCAGUCGACGCGGUUCUUCAGGCGUCCCAGGCGACCUCGGGCUCCUCUGCCGAUUCGCGACAACCCAGUCAAGCAUUUGUUGCGGUCCGCCCACCAGGGCACCACUGCGGAGAGGAUACGCCUUCAGGCUUCUGUUUUGUGAAUAACGUCGCAGUCGGAGCAGCGCACGCUCACCUGAAGCACAACAUCAACCGCGUAAUCAUCUUCGACAUCGAUCUACAUCAUGGGAACGGCACGCAAGCUAUCGCAUGGGGAAUCAACGAAGAGACCUACCGUAAACAGCUCGAAGCCGAGCAGGGCGCACCCGCCGACAAACCAGGUCUUCAAGUCUACUACGGUAGCAUACACGAUAUCCUCUCUUACCCGUGCGAGGACGGGAAAGCGGAGCUCAUCCAAGCCGCUUCCGUGUCCAUCCAUGGUCCGCAUGGGCAACAUGUGGAGAACAUUCACCUCCAGCCGUACGCGUCUGAGCAGGAGUUCUGGGAUAAGUUGUACCCCACGCAGUACCUGCGCCUAUUGAAGAAGGCCGGGGAGUUCAUCGAAAGCACGGGCGGGAUGCGUGACGACACCCUGGUCUUUAUCAGUUGCGGCUUCGAUGCAUGCGAACACGAGUACCCUUCGAUGUCGCGCCACCAGCGGAAGGUGCCCGCGUCGUUCUACCACCGCUUCGCCCGAGACGCGCGCGCGUUCGCAGAGCAGUACGCGCAGGGCCGGCUCAUCAGCGUUCUAGAAGGAGGCUACAGCGACCGUGCACUCACGAGCGGCGCCAUGGCACACCUCGCUGGCCUUGUCGACACCGGAAACAUUGGCGUAGACGAGAAGUGGUGGAGUCUCGAGAACCUUACUGCACUUGAGGCUGCAACGAAGAAGCGCAGAGGCGGGCGACCGUCCAACACCGCCCCACCUGAACCGUGGCUCGCGCGCACGGUGGAGCUUUUCGCGUCGAUCGACUCGUCGCACACGGUUCCUGUUGUUCCCCGCGCGCCCAUACCCCCGUCCAACCGGACCCUUCGAGACCGAAAGCCGCAGAGUGCCGCCAGCACUGCCAGUGCGAAGGCUAGUCCCGCGACCUCACCCGGCAAGAAGGGCGUGGCGAAGAACGUAGAGCGUACGAAGAAAUCCACUUCUGGGUCCGAGAGCGACCUGACGGACAUCACGAGCGGGUCGGGUUCAGAGAAGGCAGGUGGCGAGUCGGCGUCGAAAAAACUGCCGCGGGUCAUCCUCAAGCUGGGACCUGCGCCCGGGGUGUGAUUUUUAGAUCUGUUGUCUUGAACCUCGGAUAUUGCUCUUGCGCUACUGUUGCUAUACCCGAUUCUCGUCGUGUUACUCGCCUUGGAUAUCUUUAUGCGCGGAUCUUGUAGUCAGAAGGAGUAUAGUGUAGUCUAUGAAUGUACGCUACGAUGUAUGGAUAUCUAAUAGUAGUGAAGUGUCCCC